AUGCCCCCGGCGCGCAUACCCAGGCUGAGGUACAGAAACCCGUUGCCGUCCGCCAGCCUUCCAAAGUCUUUCCAUGGCUCUGGGCCCCACCCUGCCUAUUCUACUCAAGAGCCGCCCGUCGCCCCGGAUCCAAACUCCAACCUCCCAUCCACCCUCGCUCCCUCUCCCUCCCAGCCCGCCCUCGUGACGUCAUCCAGUCUGGCUUCCCUACACUCGAGCACUUCUUCUUCUGGAAAUGACUCCAAGUCAUCCAAGAAGAAGAAGAAGACCAGCUCCGUCCUCGGCUUCCUCUCGUUAAAAGAGCCUUCACAGGCCGCCCUGGACCAGAUUGUCCAACAACAGCGCAAGCAGAACAGUGGCUCAUCGACUCCCCCCUCUGCCACCUAUCACGCCAGCCAGAAGCUUCCUCCUCAUGUCCCCAAGGUCAACUCCAAAUGGGACGGCGUUCCCGGGUCCGUCAAGCAGAGACAUUCGCCAACAUCCAACCCGUCAAUAAAGGACAACAGAAGCAGCGUCUCAUCCAAGAGCUCCUUUGGCUCCCAUCUCAAAACCAGGCAAUGGAACCAUUCAGACCUCUCCAUCAUGACCGAUGGCACACGUAACCCGCCAAACUCCAUUGCCUCGGUCUCCGUCUCCAACCUGCCUCGUCAUGAGACAGCCACGGGUCUUGGCUCUUCGCCUUCCACUGCUACAUUUCCCAACGCCAGUCCCUACCUCGCAGAUGGUCCACUCACGCCGACUUCAUUACACUCACCAUCUUUCAGCACGCAAAUGGCCGAUCGAUCCAAUUUUCAGUCAACGACAAACAGGCCUUUGGAUUCACCUUCUGGUAGCCGUCCGAGCAUGGAUGGAUCCAUUCACUCGCGACCACACUCUCCUGCCUCUUCCACCACAUCAGCAGAUACCAUCACAAUGGAUACGGCAGAUACCAUCUUCAGAAAAAUGAACGAUCGCCCAAGUCAAGGUACCCUGGGUAGAGAAGCGCCUGUCGCCGAACUACAGGAUCGAUCCAAACCAGACAUCGUGCCAGAAUCCCAUGAUUUUCUCUUCCAACCACAGCCACCGCCGCCACCCGCCAUCAACACGCGAAGCAUCGAUCUUUCUGUGGCAUACAGUCGUUCCUCGGACGAAUUCAUCCCUCCGUAUUCCCCAGUGCGGCCUGUCCAGAAUUUCAGUCGACCCACUGCCCCCGCUGCUCCCGCUGCCCCCACAGGCCCGCCACCAGUUCAACGCAAUACGUUCAUGGCACCUUACAGAAGACCACCCCAGGCGCCUGCACUACCCACUUUGUACGAAUCUUCAUUAGCCAGCACCGAUGAAUCUGAAGAUGACGAUGACAAUGGCGAUGCUCGUUCGAUUGCCCCCUCGACCAUUGCUCCUUCCGAACUCUCUCUCCACUGGUACGAGUCUCCUCGUGAGCGUCUCGGACUAGGUAGGCGUCUUCAAAUCAACGACGUCUUGCCCUGGGAUGAGCAGAGAGGUGGAAAGGGUAAGCCUAAGAAAAGUCGGCUGUUGGUGUUUGGAAGAAGCUCCUCCAAAUGA